ACACAGUGUAUUGUUGCGCCAACUAUGGCUACCCAGCUGUUGGUGCUCAGACCAUGUUUCUCUCCUCUCUUUUGCUCUUCCACACGUCUCACUGAUUCCAGCACUCUCCUCCACCCCUCCAACACUCGUCUCGCUUCCUUUUCAUCACCUGGACUGUACAAUAAUCAUAAAAGAAAUUCGGCGAGUGCAGUUGCGGCUGGCCGUAGUGUACAUAGUAAGGUAGGUCUAAGCACAUCACGAUGGUCUUCAGCUUCAGGAUCUCUAACAGGAAAGUUUCAGGCAUGGCAUAUGCAUCAGAAGCUUGGUGUGCGCAACUGUUUUCACCCGGGGGCAAGUGCCAUCUCACGAGACUAUGUUGGUAUUGUUGCCAAGGAAGUUACUGGACGGGAGAUGCUGGCUGCUCUUUCAGCAUAUGUUUGGCCAAAAGAAAACCCAGCAGUUAAAGCCCGUGUGAUGAUUGCAGUUGGACUUUUGGUUGCAGCCAAGGUGGUUAAUGUGCAGGUACCUUUCAUAUUUAAGGAUGCUAUAAAUUACUUGAACGAGCACACAGGUGAAGUACUAGCCAUUACGGAUUCACCAUCUGCAGUGGCUACAACUGCCAUAUCUCUUAUGAUUGGAUAUGGAAUUGCCCGUACAGGAGCUGCUGCAUUCAGUGAACUUCGCAAUGCAGUGUUUGCUAAAGUUGCACAGAAUUCCAUCCGCAAAAUUGCAAGGAAUGUUUUUCUGCAUCUUCAUAGCCUUGAUCUGAAUUUUCAUCUGAGUAGGCAGACUGGGGCACUGUCCAAGGCUAUUGACAGAGGCAGUCGAGGAAUUAACUUUGUGAUGUCAGCACUUGUGUUCAAUGUUGUUCCCACAAUAUUUGAAGUGAGCCUUGUAUCAGGGAUACUGGCAUAUAAAUGUGGUUUUGAAUUUGCUGGUGUGACCGUAUUGUCCAUCGCAACAUACGCAGCAUUCACCUUGGGUAUCACUCAGUGGCGUACAAAAUUUCGAAUAAAGAUGAAUAAAGCUGAGAAUGAAGCUGGAAACAAAGCUAUUGAUUCUCUCAUCAACUAUGAGACUGUUAAGUACUUCAACAAUGAGAUCCACGAGGCUGACCAAUAUGACAAGUACCAGCAGAAGUAUGAGCGAGCCUCCUUGAAAACUGCUACAUCCUUGGCAUUACUCAACUGGGGUCAGAAUGCAAUUUUCAGCAUUGCUUUGUCAGCAAUGAUGGUUCUGGCAACCAAGGAAAUUAUUGCAGGUCAUUUAACAGUUGGUGACCUUGUGAUGGUUAAUGGACUUUUGUUUCAACUGUCUCUACCACUGAACUUCCUAGGGUCAGUUUAUCGUGAAGUACGCCAGGCCCUAAUUGACAUGCAGACCAUGUUCACACUGAUGAAACAGCCUGCUGCUAUUACAAAUGCUCCAAAUGCAGUUCCAUUGACAAUUUCUCAAGAGGAGGCAACAAUAACUUUCAACAAUGUCAGCUUUGCAUACACAUCAGGGAAUAUAAUUUUAGAUAAAUUAAGUUUCACUGUUCCAGCUGGCAAGAAGAUUGCUAUUGUUGGAGGAUCAGGAUCAGGGAAGUCGACAGUUGUGCGCCUCCUGUAUCGCUUCUAUGAACCCAAUAGUGGUAGCAUCUUGAUCAAUAAUCAAAACAUAGCUGAUGUGAACAUGGAUAGUUUGAGGAGGGCCAUUGCUGUUGUCCCACAGGACUGUGUGUUGUUCCAUGACACCAUAGCAUAUAAUCUGCAUUAUGGUGAUCUCUCUAAGGAUAGCAGUCAAGUCCAGGAGGUUGCACAGUUAGCAGAGCUCCAUGACUCCAUUAUUACCUGGGAAAAGGGUUAUGAUACUCAGGUGGGAGAGCGGGGCCUGAAAUUGUCUGGUGGAGAAAAGCAACGUGUAGCAAUUGCAAGAGCCAUUUUAAAAAAUGCACCUAUCCUCAUCUUUGAUGAAGCCACUUCCUCUCUAGACUCUAUUACAGAACAGAAUAUAAUGGGUGCCCUGAAGUAUGCAACAAAGGGAAGAACAUCAAUAUGCAUUGCUCAUCGUUUGUCAACUGUUAUUGAUGCAGACGAAAUUCUUGUUUUGCAUGAGGGUCAAGUCGCAGAGAGUGGCACACAUGAGCACCUUCUUGCUCAAGAUGGAUAUUAUACUAAACUGUGGAAUUCACAGCACCAUGUUCAGCAAGAGUAAAUUCUGCUUACUAAAGUUGUCUCUUACCAGUAGGAAUUGGGGCCACUUUAUGUGUCACUGAAAAUAUUCACAUUAUAUUGUUUGAGAUCUAUAUUAUUUUUCCUUUGACAUACAGUAGUACAGCCAUAUCCGUGGGUCCAGCUUCCGUGGUUUACCAUGGCACCAAAGUGUAAAAGUAGUGAUGAUGGCAGUUUUUCAAAGCCUAAGAGAAGCUGCAAAGUCCUUACCAUCAGUGAAAAACUGCUAAUUCUCCACUUAUUAUGUGUAAUUUACCAAAUAAACUUUAUCAUAGUUGUGUAUAUAAACAAUAAAUGACUUAUAUGUAGGGUUCACUACUA